AUGCCUCGUAACUAUAAGCCCGAUCCACGGGGUAAGCAAUAUCGAAAAUAUGACCAGGAGACAAUUAAACAAGCUUUGGAAGAGUUUGAUACUACACCAAACUGCUCAUUAGCCUCUAUCGCAAAUAAAUAUAAUAUUAACAAAUCGGUGCUAUACCGACACAGUAAAAAAAUUAUGAAAACACAAGGUGGUCAAAAUGCCUUAGAUGACGACACAGAACGCCACAUCGUCAAUUAUAUAAAUAUUUGCGGCAAUUAG